AGUUUGAGGAGGAGGAGAGAAGGAAGAGCAGAGAACUCGAAAGGGAAGAAGACGAUGCAGAGUUUAACGUCAAACGAAGUAGCGGGUUUGGCAGUUGGGGCUCUGCUUCUUGGUGCCACCAUCGCUGCUCCUAAAGUUGAUGCUUUUAUCGCUGCUUCUCAGAGAAGAUCUCUUGGAAUGUGUCGAAAAUGUGGAGAUCUUAAGAAUGUAGCAUGUGGCCGUUGCAAAGGAACAGGAACAAUCAAAUCAGGGGGAUUCUUUGGAUUCAGUGACUCAUCAAACACAAGAUCAGUCGCUUGCGAUAAUUGCCAAGCCAAAGGUUGUUUCCCUUGCCCUGAAUGUUCAAAAUCUUGACCAUUUUUCUCGGUAUUUUAUAGAUUGCAUCAAUACUAAAACUACUUGUUUCAUCUUCUUGACCUAUAUGAUAAAUGUAAUCGGGCCAUUGGUAUUUUGGUAAUGUUGAAGCUGAAGCAUGUCUUAUCCGUUUUAGAA